GUGCAUACCAUAUUCUUAGCAUUUCUAGACGUAUUUUUUUCCCUUUAUAAAUCUCUCACUGUAAGUAGCUGCUAGACCCUAAUGUUUGCUCCUCACUCCUCCCCCUCCACAGGAUAGCCGUUCGGAACAUGAGCGCCAGUAUCUGUUCUGCCAGUUCACAGGCAUGGCUGAAAACACUGAGCUCGUCAAAUCACCCAGUGAGUACCUGACCAUGUUGAUGCCUCCACCUGUAGAAGAGGAAGCUGCAAAACCAGUGUGUCCCAGCAAUGUGCUGUCCAUGGCUCAGCUCAGGAACUUGCCACUUGGGGACCAAGUGAGGACCCUCAUGAAGAACGUGAAAGUGAUGCCGUUUGCUAACCUGAUGGGUUUCCUGAGUCACGGGACCGACUCCACUGCAGUGCUGCGCUGCAUACAGCAGGUGGCGAUGCUGGUCCAGGGAAAUUGGGUGGUUAAGAGCGAUGUUCUGUACCCAAAAGACAGCUGCAGUCCUCACAGCGGCGUGCCGGCCGAGGUGCUGUGCCGGGGAAGGGACUAUGUGAUGUGGAAGUUCACGCAGGAACGAUGGGUGGAGAGGAAGGCUGUGGCUGCUGUUAUUAAGCUGCCCCCCGAGGACGUGAAGGACUUCAUGGAGCAGAUGUCUGUGACCCGCAUUAACCGCGGCUGGGAGUUCCUGCUGCCCCACGACAGCGAGUUUAUCAAGAAACACCCCGACGUGGCCCAGCGGCAGCACAUGCUCUGGAUGGGGAUCCAGGCCAAGUUAGAGAAAGUUUUUAAGCUCUCUAAGGAGGACAUGAUGCCAAAGAAACAGAAUUCUCAACCAGGCUCAGUGAUGGUGAGCGGAGAGCAGCUUGUGACCGCGGCGAGGGAGAAGGUGCGUGAGAACUACAGCGUUCUAGAGAGGGAGCUGCAGCAGAGGCACAGGGCAGACAGCCAGGACUUGGGCGCGGUGCGGGUCAAACAGGAGCCUCUGAGUGACGGGGAGGAGCCCAUGGACACGUCCUCCGCGGGGCACAACAAUGGGGCUGCCAAUGGCCUGUACUCGGACGACAGCUCUCGGGACUCUGUGAACGGGCCCUGCCUCCCGCGCGCCCACACCGCCCCCACUCAGGAGCUCAGGGACUUUGUGAGCAGCAUCUUCAGGAAGCACUUUGUCCUGACACUCAGCGAACUCAAGAGGCUCUUCAACUUGCACCUGGCCAGCCUGCCCCCCGGACACAGCCUGUUCAGCGGCAUCUCGGACCGGCUGCUGCAGGAGGCUGUUCUCGACUCCAAGUGCAAGCAGAUCCUAGUGCCUUUCCCUCCCCAGAACUCGGCACAAGCAGAUGAACAGAAGGUUUUUGCCCUUUGGGAAAUGGGAGACUCGUUUGACCAGCACCGACAGUUACUGCUGGAGAUCUUCAUGAAGAACUACCGCGUGCGCCGGAAUCUCAUCCAGGGGAAACUCAACCAAGAGUUUGGGGACAACGUCACAAAAACAGAUUUAGACAGGCUGCUCAAGGAGUGCUGUGUGAGCUACGGUGGGAUGUGGUAUCUCAAAGGCACGGUCCAGUCAUGACACCACACUGGAGAAGCAGGGUCAGUCUAGCAUUCACCUCCACAUCACAGUGGGGCGGUCCGAUAGGACUUGGACCAAUCGCUGCCCUCGGGCCAGAGAAGCAGGGCAGGGGUUGGGGGGGGAUAAGUGCCAGUCAUCAAUUUAAGACCAUUUCUAUUGUUUAAUGUAUUGAGAUCACAUGGAGCCUGAAGGGAAAACAAAAACAGGCUUCCAUCCGCAAGCAUGCAGCGUGGGGCUGAUCCUUAGGAAACCACGGUAAGGAUGAAGAUAACCAAUGAGCUUUUGCUGUCAAAGUGUGGCUUGAUUUUGGGGUACUCCUUAAUAUAUUUAGUUUUUAAAGAAGAAACCGUUUCUUAGACACUAAGGGAGAACAAAAAAGUAUGAAAUUGUUGAACCUUGCAGAAGAACAAAUCCAGAAGUUUAAAAAUAAUCUAAAUAAACAUGUAUUUUUACCAAAAAAAAAAAAAAAAAAAAGUUUUGGCGUUUACUCUCAUAGAUAUUUUCAGUUGUGAUAAUCCAUCCAAAUCAUUGGGUUAACGAUUAUAAUUAAAAGGAUUUUGGCUGUACAAAUAUGGUAACAAUAAUAAAAAAAAUGCAAAUGCUUUAUAACAGGAGGAAAGGGUUAGGGUUAUCAGAAAUGCUGCCAGCAUGGUUGUACUGUGACUAUUUUGACCCCGAAGGAUGUGUGUUUUUGGAACUGUUGUAGCCAGUAUGGUAAAAACAAUACAAGUGAAGAUUUAUUUUGUUGUCUUAGCCAUGGUGCUUGCGUUUUUUGUGAGUCACAGUUUGCAAGAAGUGCCUCCAUCAUACUGAAUCUGUUGUCCUCCUGAACCCCACAUGCUGUUUCAAUCAAUUUUGAUGUGUUAUCUAUGGGCGUUCUGUGUUAAUUUGAAAUCCAGUAUUGCCCCAAUAUAUAAAUUGAAUUCUCUUGAAAAUGUAAAUGUCACAUUCAUUUACCCCCAAGUACACAUACUAGCGAGACCUUUGGGCUGCAUGCACUCUUUCAAGGCUAUUGUUGUAUUUUAUUUUUUUUCAAAUGUAUGAAUUAACUUGCCCGGCUGAAUCAGUCUCUGCCCAUUGAUACAUGUUGUCCACCCAUGUUCUAAAGCCAUGAGUCAAUUUUAUUGGGUUCAGUACAUUGGCAGGGUAGACUGGAGUCUGCCCACUAUAGCACGCUGCCGGCUGCCCCAGGAGCGAACGCUGACUGGCCUUGAAGGAGUCCAUAUCUGCCCCAGUCCUGCCUCCCGACUGCGACUGUGGUGUACCCUUUCCCUUCAAAGGAACAAAAUACAGUAUAUAAAAGAUUAUGUACUGUAAAUUCUGCUAUGGUCCCAAUAUAUCAAGAAAAGCCACAUUUUAGUUUUUCGUAUAACCUCUGAAUUGACCCAGUUACAAUCUAUUAGUCCCUUAAAAGCAGCUUGCAAAAUACUCUCUUUUUCCGUUCCUUUGCUACUGUAAAGCAGUCCACUUGAACUGGAAAGGAUUCAUAAUAAUCUACAGGUUCCUGGCGUGCAGCUGUGUUCUAGUGUUUUGAAACCUGCAGGCUCUUGAAGCUAAAGGUAACAAGAUUAGGGUUAUCUUAUGUUUUGGUUUAUGUACUAUAAGAUUAAUAAAAUAAGCAAGUACCUUAA